AGGAAAGAAAAGAGAAAAAACACGAAGAAAAAGAAGAGAUUAUCUCGUUAUCGGGUGAAAAAAUAUUACUGAGAAGGAUGAGAAGGAAAGGAAAAAGCGAAAAAAAGGAAAAAGAAACGUUCAGAUGAGCCAAUGAAUGAUGAUCUCGAUAUAGAUAAAAUGGGUCGAUAUUGGUCGGAAACGAAAAAGAAACGUCGACCAUUCAGGCAAAAAGAUUCCGGAACUGAAAACAAUAACGAGGAUAGCAUUGGAUUAGGAGAACAAGCAAUGAAUCUUUCAUCACCUAGAGGUGAAUCGCCAUCGCAACCAUCUUCGCCGGCACACAUAGAUACUAAAACAGCGCUACGUGCACCGUCAAUGGAAUCAAUGCUGCCAGACGAUGAUGAUGUGGACGAUAUAAAGCCACCGGUCAAUUAUAAAGCAAUGUUUGAGGGUGCAUCAGAACCGAAGUAUACCGAUAUGGAGUUGUUUGUAGAAUUACGAUACUGGAUUGUGCUUGCUUUAUUUAUAUUUUUACUCAUUAUUUAUCGUAGUUUUUUGUCCUCCGCUCCAAUGUGA